CAUUAAUGGAAAUGAAAAUUGGUCACAACUUCUUCUUUGGUUUUGAAAUCUUGACAUUUGAUACAAAUACAAUCAUAACCAUUUAAUAAUGAUGCUGAGUUUCCGCUGUUUUCGUUUCUCUACAUCAUCACAUUACUUCUCUAUUUUCUUGCCAAAACCUCAUAGCUUUACAUUUUCACAAAAAAUGGGUUCCUACACGACGUCGUCUUCGCCUUCUAAACUACUUUUUCGUCAGUUAUUUGAGACGGAGUCGUCUACCUAUACUUACCUUCUUGCUGAUGCUUUACAUCCUGAAAAACCAGCACUGCUGAUUGACCCAGUGGACAAAACAGUGGAUCGUGAUCUUGCACUUGUUAAAGAAUUAGGUUUGAAGCUUGUAUAUGCUAUAAACACGCAUGUACAUGCCGAUCAUGUUACUGGCACCGGCUUGAUUAAGACUAAGGUGCCUGAUGUGAAAUCAAUCAUUUCCAAAGCAAGUAAUGCAAAAGCCGAUCUUUUUGUUGAACCUGGUGAUAAAAUCUAUUUUGGUGAUAUUUUUCUGGAGGUUCGCGCAACUCCUGGUCAUACAUUGGGCUGUGUUACCUAUGUUACAGGAGAUGGACCCAAUCAGCCUCAGCCAAGAAUGGCAUUUACUGGUGACACUCUUUUGAUAAGGGGAUGUGGACGGACAGACUUUCAGGGCGGAAGUUCAGGCAAAUUAUAUGAUUCUGUUCAUUCACAGAUUUUCACAUUGCCCAAAGACACAUUGGUGUAUCCGGCUCAUGACUACAAGGGAUUCACCGUCAGCACAGUGGGUGAGGAGAUGCUGUAUAAUCCACGCCUUUCAAAAGAUAAGGAAACAUUCAAAAACAUCAUGCAAAAUUUGAAUUUGUCAUAUCCAAAAAUGAUGGACGUAGCGGUUCCAUUUAACAUGCUUUGUGGAUUGCAAGAGACUUGAAAUCUUGUCUUUGAUUUGAUCCUUUCAUGGUGCUAGAGGCUGUAAAUAGAGAGCAGAAUAUACACAUUUGGAACUGAAAACUGACUAUAAAAUUUAAUACUGUUGAAUAAUGGUUCAUCCAAUGAGUUUCCAAAAGCUUUCUUUAGAUAAUAUGAAUCUUGAGUGUUUAUAUGAUACUUCACAAUAUGAAUAGUGAUCUUUUUUUCUUUUUUUCUUUUUUAA